AUGGCUCCCCAAGCAGUUGAGACUUCCCGCCUCGAUGGCAAGGUUGCCCUCGUCACUGGCUCCGGCCGUGGUAUCGGUGCCGCCAUGGCCACUGAGCUCGGCCGCCGCGGUGCAAAGGUCGUCGUCAACUACGCAAACUCCGUUGACGCCGCCAACAAGAUCGUCGACGAGAUCAAGAAGAAUGGCAGCGACGCCAUUGCCCUCAAGGCUGAUGUCGGCAACGUCGAGGAGACCAUCAAGCUCAUGGACGACGCGGUUGCACACUUCGGCCAGCUCGACAUCGUCUGCUCCAACUCCGGUGUUGUAUCUUUCGGCCACAUGAAGGAUGUGACUGAGGAGGAGUUCGACCGUGUCUUUCGCAUCAACACCCGCGGUCAGUUCUUCGUUGCGCGUGAGGCCUACAAGCACUUGUCCGUUGGUGGCCGCAUCAUCUUGAUGGGUUCCAUUACCGGCCAGGCCAAGGGUGUGCCAAAGCACGCCAUCUACUCCGGCUCCAAGGGCGCCAUCGAGACCUUUGUUCGCUGCAUGGCCAUUGACGCUGGUGACAAGAAGAUCACCGUCAACUGCGUCGCUCCAGGUGGUAUCAAAACCGACAUGUACCACCGUGUCUGCCGCGAGUACAUUCCCAACGGUGAGAAGCUCUCCGACGACCAGGUCGACGAGUACGCCGCUACUUGGUCACCAAUGAGCCGUGUCGGCCAGCCCAUCGACAUUGCCCGUGUUGUCUGCUUCCUUGCCUCCCAGGAUGGCGAGUGGGUUAAUGGCAAGGUCAUCGGUAUUGACGGUGCAGCAUGCAUGUAA